AACUUCCAUUGAACUAUUGCAGAAAGCUCAGCUCAAAUCCCCUUCUCUCUCUCUCUUUCUCACUAUAGAGUAUUUAUUAUAAAGUAAUAAUGAGAGUAUAUACAGAUACUAUUCUUAUCUAAACUAGUUUCAUAUACAUCUUCUCUGUUCAGCUCUUUAUUAUCAUCUGAACAAGAUGAUGAUGAUAUAAGAAGAAGAAACCCAACCUCACCUAUAUAUUAAAAAAAAAGGAGAGAGAGAUAUUUAUUGAUAGAUCUAUUAUACUAUUUAUUACUUUUAUAUUUUAUUUUCAUUUGAGAUUUAUUUUUCUCUCUUGAUUGGGAGGAGAAGAGAUGAACAAUCUGAUGAGUUAUCUAGAACCAGAUUACUCUGAGUUUGUUGAAGUUGAUCCUACUGGAAGAUAUGGAAGAUAUAAUGAAGUUCUGGGUAAAGGAGCUUCAAAGACUGUUUACAGAGCAUUUGAUGAGUAUGAAGGCAUAGAAGUAGCAUGGAACCAAGUUAAGCUCUACGAUUUUUUACAGAGCCCUGAAGAUCUUGAGAGGCUUUACUGUGAGAUUCAUCUACUCAAGACACUUAAACACAAGAACAUCAUGAAGUUCUACACUUCUUGGGUUGAUACUGCGAACAGAAACAUCAAUUUCGUUACUGAAAUGUUCACCUCUGGCACCUUAAGACAGUAUAGACUGAGGCAUAAGAGAGUCAACAUAAGAGCUGUUAAGCAUUGGUGUAGACAAAUCUUGAGAGGGUUACAUUAUCUACACAGCCAUGACCCUCCUGUAAUCCACAGAGAUCUCAAAUGUGACAACAUUUUCGUUAAUGGCAACCAAGGAGAGGUCAAGAUUGGAGAUCUUGGCCUCGCUGCCAUUUUAAGAAAGUCCCACGCUGCUCAUUGCGUAGGGACGCCUGAGUUCAUGGCUCCUGAAGUAUACGAAGAAGCUUAUAACGAACUAGUUGAUAUAUACUCGUUUGGUAUGUGCAUUUUGGAGAUGGUUACGUUUGAUUACCCUUACAGUGAGUGUACUCACCCUGCUCAGAUCUACAAGAAAGUUAUGUCGGGGAAGAAACCAGAUGCAUUGUACAAGGUGAAAGACCCUGAAGUUAAAUACUUCAUAGAGAAGUGUUUGGCUACUGUUUCACUUAGAGUCUCUGCUCGUGAGUUACUAGAUGACCCUUUUCUACGAAUAGAUGAUGGUGAGUUUGAUUUGAGAUCAGUUGAUAUGGAUGUGCCAUUAGUUAGGCAGCAGCCUCAUCAUCUUGCUGACUACUACAACAACUAUCCAUCAAAUAGUAGCUCCAUGAACCGUCAGUAUUCAAAUGGCUAUGACAGCCACCAUGAGUAUCAGAACAGAUGGGCUUAUAAUCCAGCUGAGACAGAGGAGACUCAUGGAAUAGAGCUCUUUGAGUGUCGCAACGAAAAUGAUCAAGAAGAAGACAAGAGCUCUGGUAAUGUUGAUAUAACUAUUAAAGGCAAGAGAAGAGAUGAUGGUGGCUUGUUCUUGCGUCUUAGGAUCACUGACAAAGAAGGGCGUGUCCGGAACAUUUACUUCCCAUUUGACAUCGAGACAGAUACAGCACUGAGCGUUGCAACAGAGAUGGUAGCUGAGCUGGAUAUGGACGAUCACGGAGUCACAAAGAUAGCCAACAUGAUAGACGGUGAGAUAUCUAGACUUGUGCCUAGUUGGAGACCAGGCCCUGAGUUUGAAGAGUCUCUCGCGGCUGCUGCAGCCGCUGCAAACGCAAACAUUUGCAGCAACUGCGUAUCGAACCGCACUUCAAUGGGGUCCGUGAUGGAUUUCCUGAGGACAAACCCUGGAGCAAACGUUGCACAGUGUUGCAGAAACGGGUGUGGUGAGACUCAUGGUCGGUUUGAAGAGAUUACGAUAAGAGAAACCGAGGUUCGUCUUAGAGAGAUAUGGAAGCUGCAGCAACAGCAGGAGAGUAGAGAGCUUAGCUCGAUAGAUUCUGGUCAAAACCAUUCAGAAGAAGAAGAGGAAGAAGAAGUAUAUGAAAACCCUGAAAUCACGUUUCCUUGUGAAGCAAGUAAUACGUUAAACCAUCUAUCAGGCUCUGGAUCGUUCUCGUUUCUGCCGUCUUUAUACUGCGAUGAGCAGGUAGCUGAGAAAAGCGAACAUCAGGUUCAACAAGAGUUAAGAUGGCUUAAAGCCAAGUGUCAAAUCGAGGUCAGAGAGAUGCAGGAUGAGCAGUUAAAAUCUAGGUGGAGGCCGGAAGGAGAUGAAAAUAAUGAGAAAGAGAAGAUGUUUGGAGAAAGAUUACUACCAAAAUGUCUUAAAAGAACAACUUCACUUCCUGUUGAUGCCAUUGAACCUUGAUUACGUUGUGUUUUGCCUCUCUAUACAUAUUGUUUCGUAUUAGUGUAACCACAUGAGCAUACUUAAGAGAGCCUCGUUAAUUCUUUUGAGGUUAUUCUCGCAAUAAUAUACCAUUUCUGUCCACUCAAGAAUUUAGUUUGUGAAAACUU